AUGUGGAGCCAGCAAUGGGAAAAUUACUCUAUUCUCACAAAUCUCUCUCAACAACCAGAUCGUUAUCAGACUGCCCUUCUCCUUCACAGUGUUGGACCGGAAUGUCUUCGCGUCUACAAUGGCAUGAAAUUUGCUACUGAGGCUGAUAGCAUCAAAUGUUCUGUGAUUAUGGACAAGUUUAACACACAUUUCCUUGGAGAGAGCAGAGAAUUCUUUGAGAGAUUUAAAUUCAACCAGCGCAAUCAAGAGAGUGGGGAAUCCAUUGAGCAGUAUGUCACUGUUCUUUGUAUGAUGAGCAAAACAUGCGGAUUCUGUGACUGUAUGAAAGACAAGCUGCUUGUUGAUCGUGUCUUGCUAGGUGUGCGUGAUGAUCGUAUGAGAGAACUACUCAUUUCGAGAUCUGACCUUGACCUCACAACUGCUAUAGACGUGUGUAAAGCUGUAGAGGCUACUUCUGUCCAAAUGAAAGCUCUGAGUCAAAAGAAUGAAGACAUACAUAAGGUUGGACAGAGGCAUUUCCCAAAGUCUGGAAGAAAGAAGUAUAGCACGCAGAAACCAAAAGGGAAAGAUCUACAGAAAGGUAAAUCAGAGGUUAAAAAGUGCAAGUUCUGUAACAGGGUUCAUGAGAUGAAAAAAGAGUCCUGUCCAGCAUGGGGACAAAAGUGCAAAGCUUGCAGUAAGCCUAAUCACUUCAAGGGAUCUUCAGUGUGCAAGACCAGGAAUGUUCUUCCACAAAAGUAUCUAAAAGAGGAGGAUGUAGUUCAGAGUGCAAACAUCCGUCUAUCUAUGUGGAAUAAAGCUACAACUCGGGCUAUUGGCAAGUGUAAGGUGAUAACCAGAAAUCCUGCUACUGGCAAGAAAUACAAAGUUGAAUACAUAGUUGUAAAGGAUGAUCUACCUCCACUGUUGAGCAAAACAGCAGGGGAAAAGAUGCAGCUCAUUACUGUUCAUUAUGAUUCCCUUGAGCUAGUACGCAGCAUAGUUCCUGAGGACAUUGCUGAGAUAAUACCUGACAAGUAUCCUGAUGUGUUCUCGUCUUCUUCAAUUGGCACUCUGCCUGGAAGUCCUGUUCAUCUGACAGUUACGGAUGAUGCAAUGCCUACUGUUUGCCCAGCUAGAAUCAUCCCUGAAUCCUUGAAAGGCAAAGUAAAGGAUGCACUUGAUGAUCUUCAGGCAAAAGACAUCAUCGAAGAAGUCAGCUCUCCAACUGAUUGGGUAAAUCAGAUGGCUGUGGUGCAGAAAAAAUCUGGUAAAGUACGUGUUUGUCUAGACCCCAGACCUCUCAACAUCGUGCUUAAGAGGGAGCACUAUCCCUUACCUGUCUUAGAUGAUAUUCUACCUCAGCUUUCAGAUGCUACAGUCUUUUCAAUCUGUGACUUGAAAGACGGAUACCUUCACUGCAAGUUAGAUGAAGAGUCUAGUUUACUGACUACUUUUGCCACACCCUGGGGAAGGUACAGAUGGAAACGUCUUCCAUUUGGUUUGAAAGUCAGUAGUGAAAUCUUCCAAAAGAGGCUUCACCAAGCACUUGAUGGUCUUUCUGGAGUUCGCUGUGUGGCCGAUGACAUCAUCAUCUGGGGCAACAGUGAUGCUGAGCAUGAUGCCCGACUACAUUGUCUACUGAAGAGAUGUCAGGCUGUUGGCAUUGUGUUGAACAAGGAGAAAUGUCAGUUCCGACUGAAGGAAAUCACAUUCCUUGGCCACAUCAAAUCCAGCUCUGGACUCAAACCUGAUCCAUCAAAGAUCGAAGCUAUCCUGAACAUGACUGAUCCUUCUUGCAAAGAUGACAUCCAUCGCUUGCGUGGCAUGGUAAACUACCUAUCCAGAUACCUACCUAAGUUAUCAGAUGUGAUGAAACCUCUCAAUGACUUGACGCAUAACAACUCGGCGUGGACUUGGGACUCCAACCAUGACAAAGCUUUCAAGGUGUUGAAAGAGAUGCUAGUGCAAGCACCUGUGUUGGCCUUCUACGAUCAUAGCAAACCGCUAGAAAUUCAGACUGAUGCCAGCUCCACAGGCAAACACCUAGAUAGAGCUCCAAAGCGUCUGCAAGGGUUACUGCUACGAGCUCUUGCAUAUGACAUACAAGUGAGAUAUCUCAAGGGCAAGGACAACGUCCUGGCUGAUGCUCUUAGCCGUGCUUCUCUUCCCUAUGAGAGUGGACAACAUGAUCUAGAAGUGGUGAAUGCUGUUACCCACUUGGCACUCCCUGAUGACAAGAUAGCAGAGAUAAAAAGACAGACUGCCAAUGACCCUACUCUCUGCCAACUCAAAGACACCAUUCUUGAAGGGUGGCCAGACCACAAGUCACAACUUCCUCAGUCACUCACCCCAUACUUUGGUUUCAGAGAUGAACUUUCUGUCAGUGAUGAUCUAAUCUUCAAGGGUGAACGGCUUGUAGUCCCAAAACAAGUCAGGCACAAAAUGAAAGAGGAGUUACAUCGUGGUCACAAUGGUGUCGAGUCAACUUUGAGGAGAGCUAGUGAUCAUCUCUACUGGCAGGGCAUGAGUAAAGAAAUCAAGGAAUUUAUUCAAACAUGUGCCACAUGCCAAGAAAACUCCAGCUCACAGCCUGCCCAGCCUCUGAUGUCGCACCAGAUUAUAGACAGACCAUGGGCUAAGAUAGGACUGGAUCUUUUCCAUCAUAGUAAUGACACAUAUUUGAUCAUGAUCUGUUAUUACUCAAACUUCUUUGAGAUGGAAAAACUACUGAGGACAACUGCCCCUGCAGUCAUCAAGAAACUGAAACACCAGUUUGGGAGAUAUGGAGUACCUGAAAUCAUCGUAUCUGACAAUGGUCCUCCUUUCUCCUCUAACAAAUUUGCUGAAUUUGCCAAAAAGCUUGGAGUUAAGCAUAAUACCAUCUCUCCAUACAACAGCAAAGCUAAUGGCAAAGCAGAGUCUGCUGUCAAGACUGCAAAAAGACUACUUACAAGAUGCAAGGAUACUGGAGAUGAUGUUGAUCUAGCCUUACUCAACAUUCGCAACACCCCUACACAAGGUAUCCAGAGUAGUCCAGUCCAGAGAUUCAUGGGCCGUCGGACUCGUACUCUCCUCCCCACUUCGACUCGGUUGCUUGCACCUGAUCGCAACCCACAGGCUGAUCUUGAGAGACUGAAAGAAAGCCAGAAACGUCAAGCAAAGUAUUUCAACAGAGAUACAAGAAAGUUGAAAGAUCUCUCACCAGGAGCAGUCGUAAGAGUCAAGCCAUUCAACAAUGACAAGAAGUGGAAGAAAGCAGUUAUCCUUAAGAAACUGGAUGACCGUUCCUAUGAAGAUAGCUGUGAGGGCCAGGUUCUCAGAAGGAACAGAGAACACCUCAGAGCCACAUCUGAACCACAAGAUGUACAUGACACUGGUCCUGCUCUUUUUAACUGGAGACGUUCUGAUGGUAAUCCUCAACCUGAUGUACCAACUACUGAGCGCCAUACUUCCUAUACCAGGACCCAGAUAUCCCAGAACGCGGAUAUUAACAGUCCGGAGAAGUCGCGUGAUGCAAACUUGAAUACCUCAGAAACGGAACCAACCAACCCAGCUUCCCUAAGACGAUCUAGACGUCAGCGACGCGAACCGCUUAAGAUGAGGGAUUUUGUUACGUUUUGA